AAACAAAGUAAAGUGGGGGGAAAAGCAUGGCGAUAGCUCUUCUCCCAUCCGUUCGUCUUCUUCCACAAAGUCUCUCCAGAAGGCCACCACCAACCUCGUCGCCAUUAUCCGUUCGCCGCCCACGGCCAAGAGCCCUUCCCCUCCCUCGCGUCCACUGCCGCGCCGGCCGGACCCCGGACCCCCUCACCGCUGCUAGGGAGGCUGCUGCCUUUUGGGCUGGGAAGCUCGCCGGCGCUGUGCCAUGGAAGGCCGCGGUCUCCGGCGUGGUCGCCCUCGCCGUCUCCUUCACCUGCCUUGUUGGUUUGGCCAAUGCCAGAACUGGGGUAAACAAACCAGAAUUGCUUCCUAAAGAAUUUACUACCGUCAUCGAUGUUGCUGGUUUUCUCUCGUCAGGCCAGGAAAACCGUUUGCGCCAAGAGAUAGAAGACCUGGAGAAAGAUACAGGGUACAAACUGCGAGUUCUUGCACAAAAUUAUCCUGAUACACCUGGAUUGGCUAUCAAAGAUUUUUGGCAGGUUGAUGAGCGUACUAUUGUUUUUGUUGCUGAUCCAACCUUUGGUAACAUAAUAAAUUUUAACAUUGGUCCAUUAGUUGAUUUAGACGUCCCUCGGAGCUUUUGGAGUCAGGUUUCAGGGAAGUAUGGGAACAUGUUCUACUGGAAAGAAAAGGGAGAGGACGCCUCAAUCGAAGCUGCUGUGACGGCAAUAUCUCGAUGUCUAAGGAACCCCGCCGGGACAAAUAACUGUUCGGAGGUAUUAUAGAAAGUGAUGAGUUAUGCCGCACAAAGGAACAUGGAAAUGACAGAUGCAUGUGUACAGAAGUGAAAUACUAGAACAACAUAGAGGCUAAAGAUGUCUCAUGGUCUCCAGAGAACUAAGGCUUCACUCUUUGAAAUCGAGAGCUUUUAUCUGGUCGUGAAUAUGGAUAGUUUUACAAUGUGACUGGAUUUUAAAAUGUCUAAAUAAGAGAGAAAUUUGAGAUCU